AUGGAGUCCCUUCAGGAGAUUCUGGGAGCCCUGUCCGCGAUAAAAAAUAUACACAAAGUCGACAAAAAUACAUUGGUCAACCACAAGGAUGAGAUUGAAUCAGUUUUUCAGAUCUUGCACUCACUCCUCCAUUCCUCCGUCUUCUCACAAAAACCAUCAGAUCAAGCUGCACUUACUUCACCAGUCAAGAAAGUACCUGAUACGGUAACGAGGAUCUUGUCAUACCUCAACUAUGAAAGCACCCUGGAAUUCACGAAAACGACUAAAAAAGUCCCCUUGCCAACCAUUUCGUCAAUAGAAGAUCCUCGUGUGAUUGACAUCAUAACAGCGAAUGGGAAGCGAACCCAAGGCGACUUCUUUCGAGCUGGGCUUGGUGCACUUUCGCUUGCAGACGAUUUCGAGGACUGGGCAGAUAAGGAAGAUCUUCCCUCAAAGUUACGCAGCAUGGUCGACGGUGCAAAGAGGCAAAGGCCUGAGUACUUGGAAUACGUACGAUCUUGCAAGCGUUUCAGCAAUCAGGAUCAAGCGCGAAGUUGUAUCCGAUGCGGAAUGAAGCUGAAGUAUCUCGAAUGGCGGGUUCGAGAAUGCCUUGAUAAUCAGCAACUGGAGCUUGAGACAGCGAUUCGCAAAUGCACACCUCUCGCAUUUGUCUGGCCAACAUUCUUUGCUUGGAGUCUCAUGGACCGCUGCCGUCUGAAAGAUAUUCCAGCACUUGCGCACGAGCUUGUUAUGACUGAUUAUUGGAGACUGUUGGCUCGGAACACACACCAAUGGAUUACUGACCGCCAAAAAGACUACAAAACUGAGGUCACCAGAAGGGACCCUUCUCAUACGGUCGAGGUUGCUGGUUAUCUCAGUGACCAUGUCGAGGCUGAUGAAGAUAUAGCUAUCUCGUCUAUCGACCAUGUGAACGUUGCCGGGUCUCCCGAGCAUCUUUCAGAAGCAGGUGUAUCCUUAACGGGAAUAAACACGUCGCUUAGUAGUUCUUCUUUCGAAACCGGUCAGAUAAUUUCAGAACCUGAUGGAACAAGCAGAGAGCGCAGUCGUAAGAGAUGUCGAACACCGGAGGGAAUGUCUCAAGGAGAGAACAAACGACACAAGUCUGUCAAGUCAGGAAAUCUUGAUGUGACGGCUUAUCCGACCAUCGAAAAUGUGACACGACCUGCUGAUUCCAAUGACCAUGCAUCAAGGUAUCCUGUAUCUCUGUCAGCUAUCGAUACCUCGAGUUCUGCGUCUUUCCCGUCCCUACCAACGGGAACGUCAGUUUUAGUCGACGUUGAUAUUAACGAUCCUGACUGGAUACAUGAUAUCCCGCUAUCAGUCCUCUUAGGCGAGCCCGAAGCUUCAUCCUCUGAACCCAAUAUUCCUUCAAGUGUGGUGGCAGAGAUACCUGAGCCUGUGCAGCUCAUGGAAACGUCUGUUUCUGUUGAUGUCAAUAUCCCUGAGUGGAUGCAAUUUUUUGAUUCACAAGCUGCGCACUUGACCCCACAAGGCCUUAGUCUUCCUUCACCCCAGUUAGCUACUGCUGUGAGUGGGUCGAUACUGGAUCUACAGUGUACCAUGGAAAAUGAAUCGCAAUAA